CAGCUGUCAGCUCAUGUUCUCGAACAUUUCCCCCCCUUUGUACAUGUACUUUGUGGCCUGCGAUUCUUCUAUGAAGACUACGUACAAUAAAUAAGCUUUGUAUGGUGGGGAUCCCUGAGAUCACGCUAUCCGCAUUCCUUUUCCAGUUCCUUGCGCCACGGGACGGCCGCCCAACACCUGACUCAUGCCGCGUGUUCGAGGCUUGCCCGUCCUCCAGGUGCCCGGAUGCCUGGGAAGAGUUCGAUACAGAGGAUAUGGCAAUCCAUUGGGAUCGUGGCUCAUCAUGCCGUGGUGCCCAUUCUCAUACGACUUUCUCUCGCGGCUUGACUCGCCCAGUCCCCUCAGCCUUAUCGACCCCUUCCCCCCAUACGCUAUAUCACCAGCCAUUGAAUGCUUCCCCGUAUUCCCCAUACGCGACAACAUAUUCAUCAUCCAUGUCUGUGCUGAUGCACAAUGGGGGUCAUCGACCUGCGUCUGACGAUACGGGCGGAUUACCCAGGCGUGGUUCCUCCGCCACCGGGCGUGACACCUGAUCUAACGAACUCGCACAGUACUGGAAAGACAGUACAUAUAUGCUUCCUGGCCGUGUGCACUGGGUUGAUGGCCAUAUUCUUUGCGGCGCGAGCAUGGGUCAGGGUGCGCGUGAUGAAGCGCAUCCUCUUUGAGGACGUGAUGUAUCUCGCGGCCUUCUUGUCCACCAUGGUCUUUGUUACUUCGAGCUCGAUGGCAAUCAAGGCGGGUGCUGGCCGUCACGCGUGGAAUCUCACCGUGGAGCAGUAUGAAGAGGCUCUCAAAUGGUUCUACGCCAACACCGUCAUCUACUGCCCGGCCGCCUACUUCACCAAGGUCACACUCCUCCUCCUCACGGCGCGCGUGUACGCUGUCGAGCGCGUCGUAGCCCGCGUCAUCUACGCCUUCAUCUGGGGCCUGCUCAUCGCCUUCAUCCCCCUCAUGAUCCUGAAAAUCUGCAUCUGCGAUCCAGUUCCAUCCUUCUGGCGCCAAGAUAUCCAGGGUACCUGUCUGGCACAGCGAAGGAUCUUUGUGGCCGACGCGGCGCUGGCCGUCGUCUCGGAUGUGAUGAUCAUGGCGGUCCCCAUCAUCGUGACCACCAAGCUCCGCGUGAGCCUGGCCAAGAAGAUCAAGAUCAUAGGGCUUCUCGGGGCUGGCGGCGUGGCGAUCGCCGUCACUAUCUGGCGACUGGUCAAGAUAGUCGAGUCGCAGUACUCCCACGACACGACGGCCGGCUGGAGGCUUCUCAAUAUCCUGACAAUCCUCGAGCUGAGCAUCGGUCUCAUGUGCUCCUGCCUACCGUCUGUCAACAUUAUUUGGGAACGAAGUCGACAUGCGGCCUGGUUUGGGGUCGCGCCGUACACGACACGCAAAACGCAUAAGAAGGACAAACCCGCCAACAUGCCCAAGCUGCGCGCAAAGAACAAGGCAGCGGACGCUCCCUGGUUGACCGCCACACCGAAGCCGGGGCAGGCGUCGACGACGUUGGACUUUGACCGCGAGCUGGCCCUCUUCACGGGCCACGAUCCAGACGACACGGACUCGCCCGAUGACUUGUAUGCGACGCAGCGCGCCACCUCGCUGGACGGACGGAGAGAAGGCUGGCUGGACAGCGACACGCUGGCACCACCAGCGACGGCGACGACGGGCGCCUCGAGUUGGACACAGCAACGCAGUCCGAUAGACAGUGCUCUCACAACCGUGUCGGGCAACAGGCCGUGGGAGAGCAUCUGGGACGGCAACCCCAACACGAGAGGGAGCAAAGACUCCAUGUCGUGAUCAUGAGCGAGGGACGAGGACAAAAUAACGUCACUGAAGAAAAAGACGCAAUCUUCCUUGUCACGGCGACAUUAUUGGCCACUUGCCCUCGUUGGCAGAAGCCAGCUGGUUGGUAGAAGAAGCCAGCCAUCGCGGCGCGUCCGUGUGUGUCCCUUGAUGGACAACAUAUGCAUGCCGCCUGUGGAGAGGUGCGAGAACCCGGAUGACCAACUCUAUCGUCCAUUGAGUUGCGGAAUCUCCAUCGUAAAACUCAAUUCGACCACUGAGAAACUGUUUAAGCUUAUAACCUUACAUGGUAGCCCCCAGGCUAACUACUCGGCA